ACGACACCGAUAUGCACCUUUCUCAUCUCAACUCAACUCUCAGCUAUUUCAGCUCCGGGCACGCGCUGCCCAUACCCCCUCUUUUUCUGCAAGCACCAAAAGUGGCGACGAGGCGACAACGACACGAUGGCACAACCACCAGCGCCAGAAUUGGCGGGCGCACCUUCUCAGGCUCUGCGCACUGUCGCUGUCCUUGGCGUGAGCUACGGCGGCGGACAUGCUGCAAAGCUCCUCGCGUCCCAGCUCCCGGAAGGGUGGCGCGUCGUUGCCAUCGACCGCAACACUCACAUGAACCACGUCUACGUCUUCCCGCGCGUUAUCGCCCUACCGAAGCAUGCUCCGAAAGCUUUCCCUCCCUACACCAAUCUCUUCAAACUCCCGCCAGCUCCCGAAGUGGACCCGGAGCCCGGAUCGCCUGCAUCGUACCAGGUGACGCAGAAGCGUGGCGUGACGAACGGCCCUCACGUGUUCGUGCACGGCGAGAUCUCGCGUCUCACGACAAGUAGUGUAUCUUUCCGCCGCUCAGGAGAAGAGGAAGACGAGACCAUCUCCUUCGACUACUGCAUCCACGCCCUCGGGGCAAGCCUUCCUGCGCCAUGCGACGUUUGGCGUCCCGACAACGAGGCACCCGGUACGAAGAAGGGUGCCGUGCACUGGAUGCAGAAGCAGAGCGGCGUGAUCGAGCGUGCGCCGCGCGUUCUGAUUGUCGGAGGCGGCGCACUUGGCAUCCAAUUUGCAAGCGAUAUCAAGAGCAUCUGGCCUGAGAAGGAGGUGACGAUGCUUCAUUCGCGCGCCCGCGUCCUCCCACGCUACCCCCAGGAGAUGCACGAUGCAGCGAUUGACGGGCUCAAGAGCCUGGGCGUAAACGUUGUGCUCGGCCAGCGCGUUGUUCAUUGGCCUGCCAGCGAUGCCGAGGGUGUCGAGCAAAUUGUGCGCACAGAUGCAGGCGAGGCCUUUACCGCGGAUCUUGUGCUGCCAUGCACCGGUACCAGGCCACACUCGGAGCUCAUGGCGGCGAUGGACGCGCACACCGUUAACCCGGCGAACGGGCGAAUUGCGGUGCGGCCCACGACGCAGGUGCGUCGCUUCGACGUGGCCAGAGAGAUGGAGGGGCUCGCCGUGGAUGACAAGGAGCCGAAAAGCGAGCCGGGACAGGACGCCGACCUCGACCACAUGUUCGCGAUCGGUGAUUGCGCGGACACGACCGCCAUUCAGGCCGGACACGUGUCGUACUACCAAGGCGUCGUGGCCGUCAAGAACAUCCUCAAGAUGAUCGCGCGUGAGAACGCCACUCAGAACCACGGCCCCAGCGCCGAGUCCGAUGAGUUGGAGACUUACACUCCCACCCCGCCCAUGCUCAAGCUUACGCUCGGAUUAAAAAACUACGCUACCGCCAUGCCUGACGGGGUGACUGUCGGCGAGGACGGCGUCGAAGACCUUCAGGCGCGCGUCAUGUGGGGUGUAUACCAUGCCGAUGACCUUCCAGAUGAGGCCUAAUGCAGGAAGUGGCUUGGACGGGG